AUGGAGGUAGCAAAGGCUUCCAAUAACCCGAAACAAAUGAGCUCGAGAAGACAUUUGCCAAAGACAAGAACUGGAUGUGGGACUUGCAAGAAUCGAAGAGUGAAAUGUGGGGAAGAAAAGCCUAAUUGUCGUCGGUGUGUCACGUUUGGCUCCAUUUGCGACGGUUAUGGGCAUCUCUAUCGACAAGCUCAAGCAGCGCAGGGAAAACGCAAAGUUAUUCGCCCACUGCAACCCAAGGAUUCUUCACAGCUUAUCAAAAACCCCUUUGCAACACUGUUUCAACACGAAAAGGAGUCUUGGUAUUUUGCAUACUUUUGCUCAAAGACUUCAUAUGAGAUAUUCCCAGAUUUCGGUUCCGGGACCCUGAGGCGGAUGCUGUUGCAGGCAUCACAAGAUGAAGUUUGUAUCCGGCACGCUAUUGUUGCGUUGGGGGCUCUAGAUGUGACGAACGAGCACAUGCCAGCCAUCCCUAAUUCAAACGAGAGUCAUUCUCGACACCAGCUAGAUGCCUUGGAACAAUACACUAUUGCACUGCAACACAUGAAAAAAGCAGCUUUAAGUGAGAGGCAAGAUUUCAGAACAGCGAUCCUGGGCUGCCUUGCAACUGUCUGCUUUGAGGCUUGGAAUGGAAAUCACACCCUUGCAGUACAGCAAAUACAAGUUGGACUGAAAAUAAUUCACGGCCAUGUAAGAGAGAUCCUAGCAACAAGAGCCAGAAUUCUCGGCCAGCCAUCUUUGGGAAACGACAAGGUCAUGGAGGCGGAUUUACUUCGAGCAUUCGUAGGAUUGGAUGUCCAUGCGCCGUGCGACCCAUCCAGGGCAGCUAUAGGACCUUUUAUAUUUGACGAGGAGAAGAAGCAGUAUUUACCCCACCCGACAAACGUAUUCGAAUUAGAAGGGAAAAACACUUUAUCUCUGAUGCCAGAAUACUUUGCCUGCAUUGAAGACGCGCAAUUUUACGGCCAGGCGUUGAAAGUGCAGACCAAGCGCUUCCUCGCGACACAUAGAGCGCGUCCAAGUGAUUCUUGGAACGAGUUUGGCAUUAAUGAAUGGUGGGGACAGUGGGACAAACUGUCAAGAUUCACCAUCGUCGAGCACUCGAGAAUUUGCGAUGCCAUUUUCCACUGGAAUCUCGCCUUCCAACCGUUAUGGAAGAAGCUCAAAUCCUCGAGCUGCUCCACUCGCCUCCCUGCUGUAAAGCUGAACUUACAGACCAGGUCCUUGAGUAUCGCUCUCUUGGUAUCAGGAAUCGACCACGAAGCGGGAUUCGAUACCUAUACCAAGGACUUCCUCAAGAUAACAAAUUUUGCGGAAGAUGUACUAGAAAACACUAAACCAACUAGACACAACUUCAUCCUCGAGUCCAGUAUUGUGAACCCGCUUCUCCUCACGGCCCAUAAAUGUCGCGAUAUGGCAAUUCGAAGGAGGGCAAUCGCUUUGUUGUUCAAAUAUCCAAUGAGAGAAGUUGUCUGGGACGGGCUGUUCUGUGGCAAGGUGGGACAAUGGGUGAUGGGCCUCGAAGAGACUUAUCUCGAAGAUGGACGCGUUCCUGGCUGGGCCCGAAUACGAGGAAUUACAGCCCUGAGAGAUGGAAGUGGCAAAGUGACAUUGAGUUGUGCCCAAAGGACAUCGGCAACAUCGGAGGAAGUUGUGACAAGAAGAUAUGUGAUAUAUGAAUGCGAAUCCCUGAGCUUCCGGAAGGGUUUUAAACGUUGA